UCAUACGUCCGAGCCGAGAAUUCCCAGGGCGGUCGCCAGGCCAUUUAUGCACCAUGCCCCCUCCUGUCGCGUGAGGAUUCUUUUUGGUAGGUGGGAAAGCAUAGGCAGUGUAACCUGAACGACAUCCACAUCCAAGUCGGCCCGUUACCACUUACACACAUAACGACAACCCGUACCAAAACCCAACAACCCAACGACACAAAUUCCAGAUUUCAAUAUGGCUGUAGGAGUAUCCCACAACGCGAGGAGGGUCCGGAAGGCCUUCCCGGCAGUUCUCAUGCGAGCCGGUACCUCCAGAGGCCUCUUCAUUCAGCGGCAAUACCUCCCCGAGUUCACAGCAGACUGGGCGCCUCAACUGCUCGCCGCGAUGGGUUCUGCCGACUGUGACAAGCGGCAGAUUGACGGCGUUGGUGGCGCCACCUCGACAACAUCCAAGGUUGCAGUGGUAGGGGUUAGCCAGCUGCCCGGCAUCGAUGUCGAGUACACCUUUGUCCAGGUUGCUGUAGGCUCCGCAGCGAUCGAUCUGAGUGGCAGCUGUGGAAACAUGGCUUCUGGCGUCGGUCCGUUUGCUGUCCAGGAGGGCAUGGUCAAGGCGGAGCCGGGCGCAACGACGGUGGACGUUCGUAUUCUUAACACAAACACCGAGCGCGUCAUCGUCGAGACGGUCCAGCUCAACGAGUUUGGCGACGUGGAGGAAGACGGCGACUUCAAGAUUGCAGGCGCGCAGGGUUCCGGAAGCGAGAUCAAGGUCAGCUUCGUCGAGCCGGCGGGCAGCAUGACGGACAAGCUCUUCCCCACAGGCCAGCGCCGUGAGAUCAUUACCGCCGACGACCCCGAUAGCACUGACGGCGCAACAUUCUCGGUCGAGGCGACGCUUAUCGACGUGGCCAACCCAUUUAUCCUGGUCGACAUCCGGACCAUGCCUGAUGGCGUGCGGGAGCUCAACGCCGGCUCCGAGAAAUUCAUGAGAUAUGCCGAGGCCAUCCGCAAAGUUGGCGCUGUACGCAUGGGCCUCGCCAAGUCCGUCGAGGCUGCGGCCCUGGUGCGGGGCACGCCCAAGGUCGCCAUGGCUCUUGCUCCUGUGGUGGAUGAGCAGAACGGUCAGGCCUCUGACGCCAACAUCCAGGCGUUCAGCAUGGGCAAGCCGCAUCCGACGCUCCAGAUUACUGGUGCCGUGUGUAUUGCGGCGUCAGUCAGCAUUCCCGGUACGGUGACUGCCCGUCUCCGUUCUGGGACCAAGUCCUCGGCGGCCCAGCUCCCCGAGACACCACUGAGCAUGAGCAGUGCUUCGUCAGACGGCGAGGCGGAGGAUGCCGGCCCCAGAAGUGAUGCGGCCCCACGCAAGGUGACCGUUGCGCGGCAGGUUAUUGUGCAGCACCCGACGGGCACGAUUGAGAUUGAGGCACAAUUGACGUUUGGUGGCGGCAAGGGCGUGGACGAGGAGGUCGUUGUGGACAAGUGCACUGUCUCGCGGACGGCGCGGAGGAUUUUUGAGGGCAAGGUGCUGUAUUAUGCCGAGGCGUAAAAGUUGCGAGGGGCAUAUUUGGGAUUUAUUACGGCAUUUGGCAUAUUCAUGAGCGUUAUGAUAUCAAUUGAUUUUGUCGG